AUGUUUCUUCAUUUUGGAAUAUUACUUCUUUUGUCCAAAGGAAUCUUUGGCGAAGUGGACGUUUCGGAAGCUAUAGAUGGAGACAGCCGAAUAAUAGGUGGCCAAGAUGCCACUCCAGGCAUGGCUAAGUGGCGUCCCAACGUGGUGUCUAUAGUAGUUGGCAGUCACCAGAUCAAAUCAGGUGGCCAGCGUUACAAGGUUAAGAAAUUGAUGCCUCAUGAGCAGUUUUCAAAGGCCACAGCGAAGAAUGACGUAGGCGUCAUACAAGUCGAAGGCAACAUCCAAUUCAACGACAAUGUUCAACCAAUUGAGUUGUUCACACAAACGGUACCCAUGGGAAGGAAAUGUCUUUUGACCGGUUGGGGAACAAUAGACUACAAAAAGAACAUUUCUCCGAACAAUCUUCAAAUGCUGUACUUCGAAACUAUAAAUACUAACCUGUGCACUCAAAAAUUGAAUAAAAAAGCGGCUUAUCGGGCGGCUUUGCCCUUGAAUGAUGGACAACUCUGCGGUAAGCGCCCGAACCACAAAGGCACAUGCCAAGGUGAUUCCGGUGGGCCCCUCGUUUUUGAAGAGGGUAGCAAAUAUACUCAAGUAGGAAUCGUGUCCUGGGGAAUUCCCUGCGGCGAAGACUAUCCCGAUGUAUUUGCUUCAGUCCCUGGUAACUACGCUUGGAUACAGAGCAAAAUUAAGUGA